GUUGAUACACAAAUACGUACAAAGCAUAGGAAAACGGACAUACAUCAUAAUGAUGAUGAUGCGUACUGAGUGGAAGAUUGUCACGUUAGAAACAUGUUUCACUCUGGCUGCGUCUCUACAACUGAAACAGAAUUUAAAACACUUUCUCUUCCAUUUUUUAAAAAAGAAACCAUUUCCUCAUCCGUUAAGACAUUUGUGUUUUUGAUAUUGUCUGAAGCAGACGUUCGAAUUAGCUAAAGGAGAGACAGAGAGAGUUAUUCGUUCGAUAUAUUAAUAUACGGCGCUUGCAGCUUUUUUUCAAAAAGUAAUAAUGUCACUUGCAGUGAAUUAUUUCGAUAGAAAUGGAAAAAUCUUUACGAUGCUUUUCUACACGAUAUUGUUGUUAAUAAUCACAACGUUUUGCUUAUAUAUUCUCUCCAAAAUUACGACGAAAAUCCGACAUCAUUAUCAUUUCAAGUACUAUAGAAACCACUUCCGAAUGGAUGGGAAAACGAUACUCAUUACUGAAGCUACUUCGGGUACAGGUAGAUCGAUUGCCGAGUAUCUUGUUGCGCAGGGUGCCAAAGUAAUCAUGGCCUGUAGGAAUUUAUCUAAAGCGGAGGAAGUCGCCAAUGAAAUUCGAAAUUCAACCGGUGUCGACCCGAAAAAGUUAAGCGUUGUCCAUUUGGAUUUUAUAGACCUCAACAGCGUCCGAGAAUGUGCUAAAAAAAUCACUGCAUCGGAAGAUCGAAUUGAUGUAUUGUUCAACAACGCUGGAUUAGGAUUAAGUCCUUUUAAAUUAACCAAACAAGGGUACGAUUAUGUAUUUGGCGUUAAUUACGUGGGACCAUUUCUGUUAACCUAUUUACUGAUCGAUCUACUGAAGAAAUCUUCUCCCAGCCGAGUUAUCAACGUUAUUCCAUGUGGUGACACGUUCCUCAAAGAAGAACCAGAUUUUUCACGACAACUAACACAAGAGUCAGACAUAAAAUAUCCAAACCUUUUUGGUUACAACAUGAGCAAGUUGGCUCAGAUUUGGCACGCUAAAAUCUUAAGCGAAAAACUGAAGGAUUAUCAAGUGAGCACAAUCAGUGUUCACAGUGGGUCUGGUUCCAAGAUAACAACAGAUCAGAAGACAAACGGUAUGUUGCUGGCGAAGAUAGUCUCCCGUUUUUUCGAUUUGAUAUCAAGAAAAUUCAACAUGUUACCUAAAGAUGCUGCUCUGACCGUUGCCUAUUUGGCUAUGGAUCCCAACUUGGAGGACAUGUCUGGUCAAUAUUUUGAAAACAUGAAAAUUUCUCAAAAUUUGAGUCCUUAUGCGAAAGACAAACGACUAGCCCAGAAAAUGUGGGACGUUUCCAUGGAAAUGUGUGGACUUUGUAAAAAAAACGAGUAGAGUUUUUCAUGGGGCGUCCUCCUUUGCGUUUUGUUUUAAAACAUGCUUGUUUAUCAUUAUCAUUACUAUUAUUAUUAUUA